CCGAUCGGUACGUGCGGACGGGCGGCAUCGUUGUGGUGGAUGAGCUGCAUGCUCAGCCAAGCGCAGUUCUCGGACCCACUGGGUAGUCAGGAGAUCCAGGAUCCGACGAUUCCGCCAGUUUAGAACAACAAUCCACGCUCCCAUCUGAUCCCAGAGGCCACAGGACCAGACAACAUGGAGGACGACCUGAUGUUCAGCAUGGAGGAGGAUGGCAGUGCUAAGAGGACUUCCAUUCAACAAAGCAAUCGCACAACAUCCAUGAGUGACACCAAUGCCAGCGAUGACGAAGAUGAUGAUUACAUCAUCUAUCCAAUCCUAAAUGAUCCCACCAAAGAGAUUUGUGGCUACCUGAAGAAUCUGGUCUACACCAAGCAGUUGUCAAACUCCCUCCCAAAGACCAACUUUGUGUACAAGAAUGAUACAGAAACUGAAAAAGAAACAGAGCCAGAACCAUGGCCGGUCAGGUCAUUGUCUGAGAACGCACGGGCAGCAUGGAAAAAGGCCAUAGAGAAGGCCAAGGCCAUGCCUGACCCAUGGGCAGAGUUUCAUCUGGAGGAUGUGCAGACAGACCCCUGCAAACGCUACAGGUAUAAUGCCAUCACAGGGGAGUGGGCUCAAGAUCAGGUCCACAUCAAGAUGGCUGCACAGCCGUUUGGAAGAGGGGCCAUGAGGGAAUGCUUCCGAACGAAGAAGCUGUCUAAUUUCUCCCACAGCAGCAACUGGAAGUCAGCCUCUAACUAUGUCGCCAAGCGCUACAUGGAGACGGUGGAUAGAGAUGUGUAUUUUGAUGACGUCAGGCUCCAGAUGGAGGCCAAGCUCUGGGGAGAGGAGUACAACCGCCACAGGCCUCCUAAACAGGUAGACAUCAUGCAGAUGUGUGUGGUGGAGCUGACGAAUAGGCCAGGUAAACCUCUUUUCCACCUGGAACAUUACAUCGAGGGCAAGUACAUCAAAUACAACUCCAACUCGGGUUUUGUGAAGGAUGACAACAUCAGACUGACUCCACAGACCUUCAGUCACUUCACGUUUGAGCGCUCUGGCCACCAGCUGAUAGUAGUCGACGUCCAAGGCGUAGGAGACCUGUACACAGAUCCCCAGAUCCACACGGAGAAGGGCACCGACUUUGGAGACGGAAAUCUAGGUGUGAGAGGAAUGGCACUGUUCUUCCACUCCCAUAUGUGUAACAAGAUUUGCAAGAGUAUGGGCUUGACACCUUUUGACCUCGCCCCUGCAGAGAAAUCCCAACAAGACUGCACUAGCAAACUACUUAAGUCAGCCCAAACGGUGCUUAGAGGUUGCGAGGAGAUCUGUGGCUCUCCUCGUGUUCGUACCAUGUCAGCAAGCCGAGCACCUCCGCUCUUAUCCCGGCUGUCUGAGACCUCCUCUGCAGACGAGACCAUGAGUGAUGUGGACUCAGUGCCCUGCUCCCCCCUCACGCUCACCUGCUCCCCCCUCGCCAUUCCCGGAUCUAUGGGCAGAUUCCCAGUUGUCACAGGUUUGUCCUUCAGUGGGAUGGAAGAACAGGAAAGAUAUAACAGUAACAACUCAAGGGAAAAUAAGGACGCUGAGAGUGGUGAAGACAGUGGUUAUCCCAGCGAGAGGAGGAGUGAAGGAGACAUGAAUGACCAUGUUGAUGGGGCCCAACCCCGCUACCGCAGAAACUACUCUGAGUCGGACGAAGACAGCGUGAGACGGCUGACCGAAGAGAAGUGGAGCUUCUACCAUUCAUCCCGAGCCCACGUCCACCGGCCAUCUUGUGUAGCUGUUGAAGUGGAGCGGCUCAACUCUCUGUUGCAGCAGAAGAAGAUUGGCCAGUCAGUCCUGGGAAAGGUCCAUCUAGCAUUGGUGCGUUACCACGAAGCAGGUCGUUUCUGUGAGAAAGAUGAGGCUUGGGAUGAGAAGUCAGCCAUGUACCAUCUAGACAGAGCCGCUAUGUGUGGAGAGCUGGAGGCUAUUGUAGCCCUGGGGAAGUGCUAUAUGCAAAUGCCACAUCACAUCUUGCCAGACCUAGAGUUGGAGGACAGUGCAGGGAACCGGAUGAAAGGGUUCCAGUAUAUGCUGAAGGCUGCUGAGGCUGGUGACAGGCAUUGUAUGAUUCUGGUGGCCAGAGCCUUUGACAGCGGAGCCAAUCUCUCAGUUGACAGGGAGCAAGACUGGGAAGAAGCUGUCCACUGGUAUGACUGUGCCUUAAACAUGAGUGACUACGAUGAGGGGGGAGAAUUUGAUGGGACGCAGGAUGAGCCUCGAUACCUGCUGCUUGCCAGAGAGGCAGAAAUGUACCAGACUGGAGGCCACAACCUGAGUGCAGACCCACAGAGAGCAGGUGAUCUGUUCACGGAGGCGGCUGAAGCUGCUAUGGAAGCUAUGAAGGGUCGGCUGGCCAACCAGUAUUAUAUGAAAGCUGAGGAAGCCUGGGCACUAAUGGAGGAGGAAUAGGAGCAGGAAGUGCUUCAGGAACUCCCCAUUUUUUUUUAAAAAUUUUAUAAAAGAUUUUAACAGAGUCAUUGUGUCAGUGUGCGACACAGACUCCAGACUGGCAGCAAGGGAACUUUACAAAUUCAGGAUCAACUCUGAAUGUUUACAGCUGACAUGUUUUUAUUAUUGACGCUUGUUAUCCCAAAUGCUGGUUUAUGGAUUGAUGCUGGUGUGUUUUUUUUUUACAUUGUAUUCUGAAUCAGACUUACUUCACCCGGUGUUUAAAACAGAAUUUCUGUUCUUUGCUCCUGUUUUUGGAGCAAGUCUCCUAUUCCACUUAUUGUUUACCCGUUGGCUAACUGAACAUGGUUUUGUGAAAGAUGUAUUUUGAUCCCAAAAUUGUUCUCAGUUGAGGAACGACUGAGGAAUCAAACAAAAUUGUUUACUAAUUUUCUCGUUCUUACUAUUGUGCAUGAAUGUCUGUUAAAGGAAGACUGCUUUGAAUGAAAAUAUCAAAUAAAGUUUGCAUUAACAUUAAUAU